GAAAAUAUUCAGACAUUCCCAUACUAGCUUUGCAAUUCGCAGCUCCGGUCGCUAAAGUGAUUAGUCGAGAUUUUUUAAAUAUGAAUUGCACCAAAUCAGACAGCUUCCCGCAUUUUAACAUGGAGAGCGAGUUUCCACAACAGAAGAGACAAGAAGUGAGCUAGCUGGUUCGUCGCUAUCGUCGUCGGUGCUCGCUCCUCUUCCAUAGGUAACGUCACGGUGUUGUCAAGCAGGCUAGCACGUCGCCAAGCACUCAGACAGGUGAACCCUGCAAACUGAAACGGCUAAAAACGGAGCCGCUCGUCGGCUAGCAAGCAAAGCUUUCCCUUUUCCGUGGUGGAAAAGACACCAGUCUCGGUUACAUAAGCUAGUCUCUUUUUUUUUAACCAUGGCCUGUAGUUUCCUAAACACGGAUGAGACAUCUCCACCGGCUCUGACAGACCUGUGCUUGACUCAUGUGAGCCAGCAUCUGGAGUGUUUCUGUGUGAAGCGCCCUGAUGGCUCCCUGUGCUUCAGAGAGGCUGUACUCUUCCCACAGGAGCUAGCAGACCAGCUGCUGGCCAAGAUGGCUACCGAAGGUCUGUUGAAUGACAGCACAGUGGGUGUAUUUCGGCACUGUCAAUACCUGCGGCUGAGACGAGCCUGCAUCCGUACAGCACGUAUCUCUGCAGAGGCCUUUCAGAAAGCCCUCUGCCCUCACAGACUGUUGGAGCUGGAUGCUGCUCGGGUCAAUGCAGACCUCACUAUUCCUGAUAUUCUACAGGGACUAGCCACCAAUAAAUAUUGUCAGGAGUCCCUCCAGCGACUUGUCUUAACAGGUCUCACCAUGUCCUCUCUGGAGGAACCGAUCCUGUAUCCCUUCAGCUCCCUCCAGGGCCUCCGCUCCCUCUCUCUAGCCAACGUAGAUUUCUACGACUCCGGGCUUGUGGACGUGUGUUCCCUGCCUCGGCUGGAGAGCCUCGAUCUCUCCAACACUUCAGUUACCAACCUGAGCCCACUGCUGGGCCUGAAGGAGCGGCUGCGCUCACUAACACUGCACCAGCUGAAAAGGCUGGAGAUGAGCACUGCUCAGCUGCUGGGAGUCAUAGGCCAGUUGGAUGUAUUGCAGCACUUGGACAUCAGUGAUGAUAAGCAGUUUACCUCUGAUGUGGCUCGUCAACUGCUUGGACAGCCAGGAAUCCUUCCUGCUCUGGUUUCCCUGGAUGUGUCAGGAAGGAAACAGGUGACUGAUGCAGCCAUCAAGGCAUUUGUUGAGAAGAGACCAGGGAUGACCUUUGUGGGACUUCUGGCCACAGAUGCUGGAUUUUCAGACUUUCUCUCUGGAGAAGGAAAUCUAAAGGUAACAGGAGAAGCCAACGAGACACAGAUCUGUGAGGCCUUGCGUCGCUACAGUGAGAGGGAAGGUUUUGUGAGAGAAGCUCUGUUUCAUCUGUUCGGCCUGACCCACGUCAUGGAGAAACCAAGGCCCGACAUCCUCAAGCUGGUAGUGUUGGGUAUGAAGAAUCACCCUGCGACUCUGAAUGUCCAGCUGGCAGCCAGUGCCUGUGUGUUCAACCUGACGAAGCAGGACCUGGCAGCAGGAAUGCCAGUGCGACUGCUGAGCACCGUCACUCAGCUGCUACUGGAGGCCAUGAGGAUGUUCCCCAACCACCAACAGCUGCAGAAGAAUUGCCUGCUGUCUCUGUGCAGCGAUCGCAUUUUGCAGGAGGUUCCAUUCAACAGGUUUGAAGCUGCCAAACUAGUGAUGCAGUGGCUCUGCAACCAUGAAGACCAGAACAUGCAGAGGAUGGCUGUGGCUAUCAUUUCCAUACUGGCUGCAAAGUUGUCCACAGAGCAGACGGCUCAGCUGGGAGCAGAGCUGUUCAUAGUGAAGCAACUGCUCCACAUUGUGCACCAGAAGGCUACUCAGGGCGUGGUGGACGCCACUCUCAAAUUUACACUGAGUGCACUCUGGAACCUCACUGAUGAGUCGCCAACAACCUGCCGCCAUUUUAUUGAGAACCAGGGCCUGGACCUGUUCAUUAAAGUUCUAGAGUCCUUCCCCAAAGAGUCCUCUAUUCAGCAGAAGGUUCUCGGUCUGCUGAACAACAUAGCAGAGGUCGGGGAGCUGCAUGUGGAGCUGAUGGUGCAGGGGUUCUUGGACCACAUCAGCACCCUGUUGCACAGCCCAGAGGUGGAGGUCAGCUACUUCGCCGCGGGCAUCCUUGCACAUCUGACGUCCCGAGGAGAGGAAGCCUGGACGCUCAGCCCCAAGCUUCGAUCCUCACUGCUGGAACAACUGCAUGAUGUCAUUAUGAAGUGGCCCGCGCCUGAGUGUGAAAUGGUGGCCUACAGGUCAUUUAACCCCUUCUUUCCCCUACUGGAGUGCUUUCACACCCCCGGGGUCCAGCUGUGGGCGGCCUGGGCCAUGCAGCAUGUCUGCAGCAAGAACGCCGCUCGCUACUGCAGCAUGUUGUUGGAGGAGGGCGGCCUGCAGCAACUGGAGCUGGUUCAUACACACCCACAGACCCACAAAGACGUCAAACUGUUGGCUAAGAGCAUUCUGGAGAGCCUGCAGCGCCACAGAGCCCGCACUGGCCAGCCUGCACACAAGUCACCGGCUGCUGCCACAAAAACCUCACCGAGAAAAUGAGGCUCCCCAACCCACCACAGAGGGGAUUAGGUGUGUGUUGUGUGUGUGCAUACCCCACGCACUAACACACAUUUUAUCAAGAAUCCCAGGAAAGUAAACUUUAAAGGAUGGAGACUACGCAUUUCUUUGCACACACACUAAAUCUAUUUAUUUUCUUUGUUUGUUUCAAAACUGAAAUAUUUCUGUGUGUGCUAAUGUUGUGAUAAAAAAAAUUUAAGUAUAAGAACUGUUGGUUAGUGAAGCUUAAAUCUCCACUUGAGGUUUGUGUCUGUUCUCGCUCAAUAGUCUGACAUCAGCAUGUUAAUGAUUUUCGUACCUAAAAAA